UGCCCGCGCCUCUUCCCGCUCCCAGACUUCCUCCCCCUGAAGUGCGAUGCCUGCGAGCAGAUCUUCUGCACCGACCAUGUUGCUUAUGCCCAGCACGACUGCACCUCUGCCUACAAGAAGGAUGUGCAGGUCCCCGUGUGCCCCCUCUGCAACACCCCGGUGCCCGUGAGGCGGGGGGAGAUGCCCGAUGUCGUGGUGGGUGAGCACAUUGACCGUGACUGCAAGUCCGACCCCGCACAGCGCAAGCGCAAGAUCUUCACCAACAAGUGUUUGAAACCUGGCUGCAAGCAGAAGGAGAUGAUGAAAGUGAUCUGUGACCAGUGCCACAAGAACUACUGCCUCAAGCACCGGCACCCCCUGGACCAUGAUUGCAGCGGGACAGGGCGUCCCCUUUCCAAAGCAGGGCAUGCUGCAGUUGCGAGAGCCCAGGCAUUCUCCUCCAAAACAGUCACCACAUCGAGCAGUGGAGCUGCCCGGCCAGCAGACAGCCCCUCUGCUCCAGCCUCUGCCAGAGGCAGAGCAGCUGCGUCACAGACUCGCAGCGCCUCCCCUCCAGCUGUCAUGCUGCAGAACGGGCUGAGCGAGGAAGAGGCCCUGCAGCGAGCUCUGGAGUUAUCCCUGGCAGAGUCAGCAUGCAGCUCAGCACAUCCACCCAGCAGCACGCAGGAGGAGGAGGAUCUGGCACUGGCCCAGGCACUGUCAGCGAGUGAAGCCGAGUACCAGCAGUCGCAGCGGCAGGCACACGGUUCGAAGCCAUCAAACUGCAGCAUGUCGUAG